AUGCAUGUAUACCGAGUACACAUAUUUACUGUUGUGUGUGCUCUAAAUAGAUUCAUGGCUUCAACUAUUUCAUUUACUUUCAAUGUGAACUUUCUCUGUCUGUCUCUCUUUGCCUGUCUGUGUGUCUGUGUGUCUUCAGGGGAGACCUGGCAGAAGACUCUGUUGAUCCACUCAGUUACCAGAGACAGUCUGAGGAGACUCAUCCAACCUAAACUCUCCAAGUAACAUCCCUUUAUUAUUAUUCGACACCACGACACCUCGACACCACAACAACUCAACAUCACCUCAACGUUACACGUCUGUCUCACUUCACACCAACAGGACGUUGUAGCUGUCAGAGUAUUUGAUGGACAGUAAACGUGUAGUUUGUGUUUCUAAUGACCCGUCUCUCUCUCAGGGUGGACUACCUGAGCCAGAAGCUGUCCAGAGCAGCAGAGACAGACAAGCAGCAGCUCAGACAGCAGAUGGACAGUCUGGAGAGAGACAUCGAAUUGUUCAGAGCGAAGAAGGACAACGAGCUGGUUGGUGAUCGAUUCGAUGAACAUGAUUGGCAGAAAAUCUCUAAUAUUGAUUUUGAAGGAACAAGGGAGGCGGAGGACCUUCGUAGUUUCUGGCAGAACUUCCUCCACCCGUCCAUCAGUAAGCUGAAGUGGAGUAAAGAGGAGGUUCAUCAGCUGAAGGAGAUCAGCAGGAGACACGAACAGAGACACUGGGAGACCAUCGCUGCAGAGCUGGGGACGGGGAGGACAGCCUUCCUGUGUCUCCAGACGUUCCAGCGAUUCGUGUCAGACUCGUUGAAACAUGGCGGUUGGACUCCGGAUGAAGACGCUCUGCUCAGAGAGCUCGUGGACAAGAUGAGGAUCGGAAACUUCAUCCCCUACACGCAGAUGAGUUACUUCAUGGAAGGUCGAGACCCGGCUCAGCUGAUCUACAGGUGGAACCAGGUUUUGGACCCGAGUCUGAAGAAAGGGUUUUGGACCAAAGAGGAGGACCAGGUAGGCAGGGGGCGGGGCUUAGACAGGACACACCUGGUCGUUAUAGCGUCUGAUGGUUUUUUUACCCAUUACUGGGCAAAAAACAAGUCUCUUGGUAGAUAGCUAAGUCUCUCUGUCGUCCUGUCUGUCUGUCCUCCUGUCUGUCUGUCUGUCUCUCUCUGUCGUCCUGU